UGCAUUAACCUUUCCAUUCAUUUAGGGCCGUUAAUUAAUAGUGUCAUCAUUUUCUUUUUAAAAUUUGGAUUUUUUUAUCAGGCUAUAUGCCUGAACUUGGGUCAUCUAUUUUACUGCAAAAACAUCAACUUACAUUCCAUUUAUUACAUAUUGACACUGUAUUGGCACAAAUCAACACACGACACUUCCAUUGAUUGUUUUUGUGUGUGUAAUGCCAUAAUGCCUUACUAUCACAUCCAUUGUGACCAUCACUCAGUUUGUUAUAAUAACUGAUUGAUCUAUUACUCAUAAAACUAUUAAAUGAAAUUAUUUUGGUACUUCUUCAAAUUAUGUAUAUUUAAACUGCUAUAAUAACAACAAUAACAGCAAUAGUAACACUAAGAGUAAUAUAAUAUCCAGAUAAGACUUUGAGAAGGGGAUAAACAGACCACAAUAAACGCCAUGACUUCCUUUAGGUUGACAAUGCGCUCUAACUUCAGUGAAACGUCAGGGUUCAAGGUUCACUGAUAGAUUACCUAGUAGGCAGGCGACAGGCCACUUCAUAUCCACUUUUUCAAUGAAUCUGACAGCAGACAGCCACAGUAUCCCUCUCAGUGACGGGAACCACAUUCCACUGCUGGGAUUGGGCACCUAUGGGGACCCUCAAACGACACCCAAAGGCACAGCACUGGAGUGUGUCAAGCAUGCCAUAGAUGUGGGUUACAGGCACUUUGAUGGGGCACUGGUGUAUUUCAACGAGCACGAAGUGGGUCGAGCCAUUAGAGAGAAGAUUGCUGAUGGAACCGUUCGAAGAGAGGACAUCUUUUACUGCGGAAAGCUCUGGAAUACCUUUCAUCCCCCAGAGUUGGUGCGGCCGGCCUUGGAGAGGACACUGAAAUCCUUAAAACUGGACUACGUGGAUCUCUACAUCGUCGAGCUUCCCAUGGCCUUCAAGCCUGGAAAUGAGUUCUAUCCAAAAGACCAGGAUGGAAAGUACAUCUACCACCACACAGACCUCUGUGCAACAUGGGAGGCUUUGGAGGCUUGCAAAGACGCAGGGCUGGUUAAAUCUCUGGGAGUCUCCAACUUCAAUCGCAGACAGCUGGAGCUGCUGCUGAGCAAACCCGGCCUCAAACACAAACCUGUGUCCAACCAGGUUGAGUGCCAUCCAUAUUUCACACAACCCAAGCUUCUGGAGUACUGUCGUCACAAUGACAUUGUGAUUGUUGGCUACUGCCCAAUUGGCUCCUCCAGAGACGCAUCCUGGGUGAAUGUGAAAUGUCCUCCCCUGCUGGAGGACGAGCUGAUUGUAUCUAUUGGUAAAAAGUACAACAAGAGUACUGCCCAGGUGGCUCUGCGCUUCAAUGUCCAGAGAGGAGUCGCCGUGAUCCCCAAGAGCUUCAGCCCCGAGAGGAUCAAACACAACUUCCAGAUAUUUGAUUUUUCACUCACCGGGGAAGAAAUGAAAGCCAUUGAGGCACUGAACAAAAACAUUCGCUUUGUGGAGCUGCUGAUGUGGAGUGACCAUCCAGAGUACCCAUUUCAUGAUGAAUAUUAAUGUUUCCACUGACUUUUUUCAUCAUCAUUAUUUCAUCAAUGAAGUUUACACUGGUACAUUUUCAGAGUCAACACUAGAGGGCUCUAGCUCACAGUAAGUGAAAAGCACAAAGACACGGCUGGUUUUAAGGAGAGCACACAGCUCAGAUGUAUGAUGACAAAUGUGUUCAGUUGUUGCAUGUGAGUUUCAUGUGAGACUCGCAGAAGGCUCGUGUAAUAUUCAAAGAGAGUUCAGAACAACUGUUUUGAAAUUAAUUGAUGCCACUGUUGCUAUAAAUGUAGAGAAAAACAAAAAAUAAUGAAAUUACUGAGACAUAAGAUGGAAACAGUGUGUUUAUUUCAUGGUUAAGAGUGUUCAUGUUGCCCUCCAGUGGCCAUGGUGAGGAACUGCAACACACUCAAUUAAUAAAGACAGCGUCAAUAGAUAGAUAUUUCAACCGUUUCAUGUCAACGCUGUUAUUUUAUUGAAAAAAGUAAAGCAAAAUACAAUGAGAGUUGAACCGUCUGUGUUUAUAGUUAAUUAAAUUUGCUUUUUCUGGUUGUGCAUGAUUGAAAUUCAGGUUUGCCAGCCAAAUAUCUGACCACAUUCACCUUUAUAAACAUGACAUGGACGAGAAAACAGCUGAAAACUAUCCGGUCAGGCUUUGGUUAACUCUGAGCUCUCUCAGUCUGGUUUGUUCAGAGAGGGUAUAUGAGUUUGAUCACACUGUGUAAUCUUUGUGUACACACCUCUUACCUACUUUAACCGUCAUGGCCAGUUUUCUCCUCGGCUGCCUGUCAAAGAAAAAUGUACAACCAGAAAAUGAAAGCCGUCCGCAGCAUUUUACAAAUGUGGGUUUUUGUUAUUAGUGGCUUAAUGUCUGUUCAGAUCUCUUCAAAAGCAUCCAUAUUACAAGUCUCCUAUGAGCAGUGAUUUAGGAAACGUUUUAAGGAUACCCCUUACUGCACAAGGCCCCCCUUGAAAAAGGCUUAAGUAAAUAUUUGUAUGUGCACAGUUGAUCAUUUGAUUUCACAGAAACCGAAAAGUGGGGGAAAUUAUUAAUCUGGUCAUCCAUCCAUCGGGCAUGCAUCCAAAUGCUGUUUAGAUUAGACUCACAGUGUGUGACAUUUAGGGGGAUUAUUUGGCAGCAAUGGGAUAUAAUAUUCAUAACUAUGUUUUAAUCAGUGUAUAAUCACCUGAAACUGGGAAUCUCAGUGUUUUCGUUAGCUUAGAAAAAGCCAUUUAUAUCUUCAUAGAUACAGGCUUCCACAGAGUCCGCCAUCUUGCACCGCCAUGUUUCUACAGCAGCCCAGAUUGGAAACUGGCUCUAGCGACAGCCUUUAUGUUAAACGGGCCCUGGUGCUAAAUUACCGGAGUAUUGAUAAGCCCUGAUGUUUUAUUAGUACUUUUUAAUGUUUUGAAGUCAUUUAUUUUCACGGCGCAGCACGUAUUUGCUCUGCUCU